UGUCAUCCAUUUGGGAAAUCACUCAGUUCAGUGUAUUCAUGGAUAUCUACAAGCUGUCGUUACUCAUCGCCAUUUUGGUAGGUUUCCUGCAGCUGAGUUCCGGCCAGACAAGGGAUUGCUCUGGUGCCUGUACCUUACAGGCACGUUGUAACCCCUACCAUAAGGACCUCUUCUGGGCCGUUGUGGGCGGUGUUUGUCGCGUCUUUCAGAACGGAUGCUUCUUUGGAUCAGCCAACUGUCAGAGGGCCAAUCAAUGCCUGAGGCCCAUGGCCGCCACAUCACCGGAAAAAUGUAAGGAGUAUUGUCCUCAGCGCUGUCCCCUGGCUGGUGAAAGGGUGUGUGGCUGGUUUGCAUAUGUCGACGUUAACGGUGUCAACCGGGAUCGCUCUAUGACCUUCCCAAACCGUUGUCUGUUGGAUCAAUAUGCCUGCCGGAAUGGUAUAGCUUAUAUAGGAGAACCAUCCGUUGGAAGCUGUCCCUAAAAACAUGCUCAACGUAAACAAAUUAUCUGAAACGAAGUAUUGCCAAUAAAAUGUGCU